CCCCGCCCCGCCCCCUAGCCCCAGGCUCUGUAGGAGCUAAACUGCUAAGCUUUUGACGGGCACCAACUCAAUCCUCAGAACAUCCCAGGGAGAGUCCCUUAUCCCGGGCCAUGAGCGAGCUGAAGGACUGUCCCUUGCAGUUCCAUGACUUCAAGUCUGUGGACCACCUGAAGGUUUGCCCCCGCUACACAGCAGUGCUGGCCCGCUCUGAGGAUGAUGGCAUCGGCAUCGAGGAGCUGGACACCCUGCAGCUGGAGCUGGAGACCCUGCUGUCGUCUGCCAGCCGGCGCCUGAGAGUGCUGGAGGCUGAAACCCAGAUCCUCACAGACUGGCAGGAUAAGAAAGGUGACCGACGCUUCCUGAAGCUCGGGCGAGAGCAUGAACUUGGGGCUCCCCCCAAACAUGGGAAGCCCAAGAAGCAGAAACUGGAGGGGAAGGCGGGACAUGGGCCUGGGCCUGGGCCUGGGCGACCGAAAUCCAAGAAUAUACAGCCCAAGAUCCAGGAAUAUGAAUUCACUGAUGACCCCAUCGAUGUGCCUCGCAUCCCCAAGAAUGAUGCCCCCAACAGGUUCUGGGCAUCUGUGGAGCCCUACUGUGCUGACAUCACCAGCGAGGAGGUACGCACGCUCGAGGAACUGCUGAAGCCCCCGGAAGAUGAAGCUGAACAUUACAAGAUCCCCCCUCUAGGGAAGCAUUACUCGCAGCGCUGGGCACAGGAGGACCUGCUGGAGGAGCAGAAGGAUGGGGCUCGGGCAGCAGCCGUGGCCGACAAGAAGAAGAGCCUUCUGGGGCCGCUGUCAGAACUGGACACCAAAGAUGUGGAUGCCCUGCUGAAAAAGUCGGAGGCUCAGCACGAGCAACCAGAAGACGGCUGCCCCUUUGGUGCCCUGACUCAGCGCCUCCUGCAGGCCCUGGUGGAGGAAAACAUUAUUUCCCCUAUGGAGGAUUCUCCCAUCCCAGAUGUGUCCGCGAAAGAUUCAGGAGCCGAUGGGGCUAGCACUUCUCCCCGAAAUCAGAACAAGCCCUUCAGUGUGCCGCACACCAAGUCCCUAGAGAGCCGCAUCAAGGAGGAGCUGGUGGCCCAGGGGCUCCUGGAGGCCGAAGACCGCCCUGCCGAGGACUCGGAAGACGAAGUCCUCGCCGAGCUGCGCAAGCGGCAGGCCGAGCUGAAGGCGCUCAGCGCCCACAACCGCACCAAGAAGCAUGACCUGCUGAGGCUGGCCAAGGAGGAGGUGAGCCGCCAGGAGCUGAGGCAGCGGGUCCGCAUGGCAGACAAUGAAGUCAUGGAUGCCUUCCGGAAGAUCAUGGCUGCGCGCCAGAAGAAGCGGACUCCCACCAAGAAGGAGAAGGACCAGGCCUGGAAGACACUGAAGGAGCGCGAGAGCAUCCUGAAACUUCUAGAUGGGUAGCCCUCCGACCGAGCUCCAGCCACUGCUGCCCGGCCUGAGGGAGGCUUCCUGCCGCCUUGGACC